ACAGAUCACAUCUGACAUAUCACUGCAGGACAUUUAGUAGUAGCAAUCAUUUUGAUUACAGUUGUAUUGCCUUUCUAAUGAAAUUCCUUGAUCCUAACCUGAAAAGGCAAAAAACCUAAGGACUAUUUUCCAAUGCAUCUAAAAGAGGAGUUUGUCAUUUUUUGCUUGCAUAGAUUGUCCAGAUGAACACAUUCAAGCCAGGCCACAAAGAAAAGGCAAGGCGUCUGACUUUCGUCCUCAUCCUCUGCUUUCAUCUGGCCAGGGCUCCUCCUCCAGGUCCAUGCAAGCACUCAGUGACCCACGACCACCUUCUGACACUCAGAAAACUGAUUCAAAACCAGUUAUUAAAUGGCUGUUCAAUGAAAUAUGCCUUCAUAGAGCGCCAACAUUUGAGUGACGUGUGUUACGUCAAAGCGGCAAUCCCUCAGAUCCUCGAUUUAAUCAAGACACAUUUCAACUAUGUCCCAAAGUCGGAUAACAAUCGCUACGUCACAUCCUUGGAAAAUGUCAUAUAUAACAUCUACACCCACAGAUGUAUUCCUGAAAUCAAUGAAGAACAGGAGGACAAUCCAGAGAAAUUUACGAAAGACUACAACACGUCACCACAAGAGAGUCUGGAGAAAGUCCACAAUGUUCUGACCAUGUACAUGACCCUGAUGAUGGAGAGCAGAGAGCUUAUAGACUGGGGCUGUGAAGACGAGUAUGCCGUGGAUCUUCCUGAGUCUCAUGACGUUUACCACCAUACACAAGAUGAGUGGCUGUCUACUUCAGAAAGCUAUGCGCCAACAAGCAAAUGGACAAGCCCAUCUCCAUCAGAGCUAACAACAGAAGCUCCGGAAAGAUCCUCUCAGCCACACAGUACUACAAUAGCCACAGCAUGGUCAUCCCAAUCAGCUGGCACUGGUGAUGACAACACAGACGUUUUAGACUCAAAGGGACAAAAAGGCGGCACUGCUACUGCUAGUGAUCCGCUCACUGACCCCACACUUCAGCCAAACAGAGUCCGACCUGUAUCUUGGGGAUAAAUGAUUAUCAUAUCAUACAGAUUGUAAUGGAUUAAACACUGUUGCUUAUUAAAAUGAAAAUAAAAAAAUGAUGGGAAUUGAUAGGAGAGCCUGAAAACCUGAAAUUAGACUAUUUAUUUGUAUUCAAAAAAUAAACUUUCGGGAUAGACAUUUCCAUGAUUAAAACAAAUAUGUAAGGCAA